CGAAGUCCAUCGCGAUGGUUGAUCAUUGUGGUCCGUGCGCAGCCCCUGCUAGUGUCGUUCAGCUGACUGAAGGUUUGGAUCAACACUCUCUCAUGCAAGAAGACAUCUGGGCUGUUGAUGUUUGCCGAACUUUUCGUGUCACUGAUAUUACAUCAAGUCAAGUCUUGAAUGCGAUGGCUCAUUUAUAAUC